AUGUUAGUGGCACAAGAACUGGCGCGAUACUAUGUGGACAUCACCGCAAUCAGCGAGACUCGAUUCUCCGAACAAGGCCAACUCGAGUAGGCGGUUGCCGGUUACACCUUCGUCUGGAGUGGUCGGCCCAAGGCAGAGCGACGAGACGCGGGUGUCGCCUUCGCCAUCCGGAACGACAUCGUGGGAAGACUGCCCAGUCUGCCGCAGGGCAUCAACGAUCGCCUGAUGAGCCUCCGUCUGCCUCUUCGGGGUGGGGGCCAAUUCGCCACCAUCAUCAGCGCCUCCGCUCCGCCGAUGAGAUGCCCCGACGCCGCCGCAAGAGAAAAAUUCUACGAGGACCUGCACACCCUCCUGGUGACUGUGUCGAAGGCGGACAAGUUGAUUGUCUUUGCUGACUUCAACGCCCGCAUCGGCACCGAACAUACUGCCUGGAGAGGAGUGCUGGGUACCCACGGUCUACGCGGCUCAAACGACAAUGGACUGCUACUGCUCCGCACCUGCGCAGAACACCGUCUCAUCCUGACGAACACGUUCUUCUGUCUGCCGGAGCGAGAGGAGGCCACCUGGAGGCAUCCUCGGUCGCGUUUGUGGCACCUGCUGGACUAUGUCCUCGUCCGGAGGCGAGAUCAGCGUGACGUGCUGGUGACGAAGGCGAUCGUGGGUGCUGACGGUUGGACCGACCAUCGCCUCCUCAUUUCGAAGAUGCGAAUUCGCCUACAGCCUUGCAGGAGACCACAAGGAAAACGACCCCCAGGUAUGCUAAAUGUUGGCUUGUUUUCUUUGCCCGCUCACCAUCUUCAUUUCAGCCAUGAGUUAGCUCAACGGCUACACAACCUUCCAAUCUCUGCCGACGCCGCCGCUGCCGAGAACGCUUCUGUGGAAAAUCGCAGGUGUUAACUGCGAGACACGGUCCAGGUGACGGCGCUCGCCGUCCUCGAUCGCGCUCCCCGCCAACACCAGGACUUGGUUGACGAAAAUGAUGCCACCAUCAGAAAACAGCUUGCUGAGAACAACCGCCUAACCAAAGCCAACGUAGAUCACUCCACCGAGGACAAAAAAGCUGCUUUCUACCGCUGUCGCCGCCAACUUCAGCAAAGACUGCGCGAGAUGCAGGACGCCUGGACUCCCCCAAAAGCUGAGGAGAUCCAACGCUACGCGGACCGCAACGAAUGGAAGAACUUCUUCUCCGCAAUCAAAGCUGUCUACGGUCCGCCGACGAAGGGCACUGCUCUUCUCCUCAGCGCCGACGGCAGCACUCUUCUGACUGAGAAGACGCAAAUCCGGCAGCGAUGGGCCGAGCAUUUCCGAGGCGUCCUCAACCGCCCCUCCGCCAUCUCCGACGCCGCCAUUGAGCGUUUGCCGCAAGUGGAGACCAACGCGCACCUCGACCUUCCGCCAUCUCUCCAGGAAACCAUCAGGGCCGUGCAGCAGCUCUCCAGCGGGAAAGCACGCGGAUCGGACGCGAUCCCUGCUGAGGUCUACAAGCAUGGAGGUUCCCAACUCAUGGAUCACCUGACUGCGCUCUUCCAGGAGAUGUGGCGUCCAUGUGAAGUCCCGCAAGAUUUCAAGGACGCAACCAUCGUGCAUCUCUACAAACCAAAGGGCAACUGCCAACUCUGCUACAAUCGCCGUGACAUCUACUUACUGAACAUAGCUGGGAAGAUCUUCGCUCGCAUCCUUCUCAACUGCCUCAAUAACCGCCUGGAACUGGGCCUUCUGCCGAACACAGUGAAUCGUGAAGGACUGUGGAAGAUCAUGCAGGAAUUCGGCUGUCCGGAACGAUUCACUCAGAUGGUACGUUAGCUGCACGACGGUAUGAUGGCGCGAGUCACGGACAACGGAGCUGUGUCAGAGGCAUUCGCAGUGACCAACGGAGUGAAGCAGGGAUGCCUGCUGGCGCCUACCCUCUUUAGUCUUAUGUUCUCUGCCAUGCUGAUGAACUCCCUGGAAUACGCAUCGCCUACAGGACGGACGGUCACCUCCUGAAUCAACGACGGAUGCACUUCCAAUCGCGCGUAUCUACAACCACCGUUCACGAACUCCUCUUCGCCGCUGACUGCGCCCUGAACACCAUCUCGGAAGAGGAGAUGCAACGGAGCGUGGACCUGAGCUCUGCCGCCUGCGAGAACUUCGGUCUAGUCAUUAACACGCUGAAGACGGUGGUGAUGCAUCAACCGCCAACAAACUCAGCCACAGUCCCCAAAGCGCCGCCGCAAAGCAACGUAAAUGGGACCCAAAUGAAAGUGGUGGAGAACUUCCCGUUCCUGGGCAGUUAUCUCUCCCGCAACACCAAGAUCGAUGAUGAAGUCGCCAACACGAUCUCGAAAGCCAGUCAAGCCUUCGGUCGUCUCCAAAGCACAGUUUGCAAUCGUUACGGCCUUCAAGUGAACACGAAGCUGAAGAUGUACAAGGCCGUCAUCCUGCCGAAGCUACUGUACGGAGCAGAGACCUGGACGGUGUACACGAGGCAGGCACGCCGACUGAACCACUUCCACCUCAGUUGUCUUCGUCGCAUCCUGAGGCUGAACAGGCAGGAUCGCAUCCCCGACACUGAUGUGCUGGAACGAACGGGAAUGCUCAUCAUCUACUUCAUCUUGAGACAAAUGCAGCUGCGCUGA